CGGCUACUGCUACUGCUUUCUUCGCUCCUUAUCUACGCUCUUGUGGACUUGUUGAUUGAGUUCUACGUUCGCUCUUUUUUGGAAGGAUAACGCUCACGGCACGGGUACGGAUUUGGCGACUACGCGGACGAUACUACGCCACGUUUUACGGUAAUCGAUCGGAAUAAAUAUUUGGGGCCAGAUAAGGAAGGAAGAGGAUUUCGAGAUGGCUGUCAAUUGGAUCCUUCCGGUGCGCGGACUGCAGGUCGUGCUGUCCCUCGUCGUGCUCGGCUUGAUGGCUUACGUCGCAAACUGGUGGACCACGCACUGGCGCCAAAUGUCUCCCGUCGAAGUAAACUUCAUGGUCUUCGCACCCGUCUGGUCGUUCAUCGCCGCCUGCAUCUUGACGGUCGUCCCUAUGAAGUCGCCGUCCGUUACCUCCUCGACCGUCCCCAAACUCGGCCUCAUCGCCUACGAGCUGUUCACCAUGCUGUGCUGGUUUGGCGGGUUCAUUGCGCUUGCAGUGUUUUUGCAUGAUCGGAUCUGCUUUGGGACUGUUUGUUCCGUUGCGAAGGCGGGGACCGCGAUCAGCGCGGUGAGUUGGUUGACGUGGGCGGUUACCUUCGGAUUUGCGCUGUGGAGGCUGUUUAGGGGAGAACGUGGAGGGGCGAUGAGGGCUGGGGAGCCGAAGGUGGAGAUGCACCAGGGCGUGUAGAGGCGGUCGAGGUGAAGAGACAGAGAAUGAGAGGCGUGGUCACGAUGGGGUAACGACAGAAGGAUGUAAUACCCUCAAGAACGAAUCAUGGGUUAUGGAAAUGGAUGGAGCUAUUGGGAGCACGAACGAUCA